AAAAUGAUUAGGUUUAUAACAGACAGAAGAAACAAAAAUUCGGAAGAUUGUUUAUCGGAAUAUGUAAAUAGUAAUCUGUGUAACUAAGUAUUUAAAUCGUAACAUCAAGCGCGCGUCUUUGCAUAUUUUCUCCUGUUUGGCAUAUUUACCUAUUUACUAACAAUUGUUGUAUCCUAAAGAAACAUAUUGCAUUCAUUUUAGGGAUGGAUGGAAAGAAUCGUGGUUGAAGUGUUCUAAAUUUAUCUUAGGUAUCUCAAACUAUCUUAACCAUUGGACCGUCUCAGAAUUCUUAUUAUCAUAUCACUGAUAUAAUCGCGUUUGUUUUUCGUCUGCUCUCAGCUUGUGAAUUAGGAUUGAGAAUUACAAAGGUAAAAAGGAAAUAAAAAAUCAAUGUUGUAGGUAAAUUGUCAAGAAAAAUAUAUCAGGAAUUAUGAGAUCAAUAGGACACGUGCUCGUCUUGUUGUCUUUCCUUUAUUGUCACGUUUUGGCCGCAGACGACAAUGUAACAGAAAAGGCAAUUCUAUUUUUGCAAAGGUACAACAGGGAAGCUAUAGAAGUGACGUAUGAAUCUGGUAUCAAAGCAUGGAUUUAUAAUACUAAUAUCACAGAUUAUAACAGCGAACAAAUGGUAGCUCAAGAUCUUAUAUCUGCGAACUUCACAAAACGCUACGCAGCGGAAGCUUCUCAAUUUGACUACAAGAAUUUUCAAGACGAGGACUUGAAACGUCAGUUUGCAUCUAUCGCCGAACAAGGGACAGAGGCAAUGAAAGAUCCCAAGAAACUAGAAAGGUUGGGUGUGGUCCUGUCAAAAAUGGAAGGAAUUUAUAGUAAAGGCAAGGUGUGUGGGGUGCCACCUGACUAUGAGUGUUUGUCUCUGGAACCAGGUUUAACACGACUGAUGUCGGAGAGUAGGGACUAUGACACACUAGCACUUAUCUGGAAAAGAUGGCGAGAUGUAGCGAAAGGAGAAAUGAAGGAGUUGUACAAAGAAUUUGUAGAACUUUCUAACCAAGGCGUAAGGGAUGGUGGGCACAACGACACGGGUGAAUACUGGCGGAGUUGGUAUGAGAGUGAGACUUUUGAAGACGACCUUAAAACAUUACUGGAAGAGUUAAAACCAUUGUACAACAAAUUACAUGCUUACGUUCGGAGGAAACUGCAAGAGCAAUACAAAACCAAACCGUUUCCAACUAGUGGACACAUUCCAGCACAUCUCCUAGGUAACAUGUGGGCUCAGUCGUGGAUUAACUUGUAUGACAUGUUGGAGCCUUAUCCAGGAAAGGAAAGCAUAGAUAUUACCCCAGUGCUGAAGGCAAGAAAUUUCACCGCCCUCGAAAUGUUUAAAGUUGCCGAGGAUUUCUUUGUAUCUCUUGGACUGCGAGAGAUGCCACCGGAAUUUUGGAACUAUUCGAUGAUAGAAAGACCGACAGACGGUAGGGAAGUCGUCUGCCAUGCUUCCGCUUGGGAUUUCUUUAAAGGAAAUGACGUAAGAAUUAAGAUGUGCACAGACAUAACAAUGGAUGAUCUGGUUACGAUUCACCACGAAAUGGGACAUAUACAGUACUACCUUCAAUACCAGAAUCAACCCGUCGUCUUCAGGGAUGGUGCAAACCCAGGGUUCCACGAAGCUAUUGGUGACGUCAUGGCUUUGUCUGCUUCGACGCCAAAACAUCUUCAUGCCGUUGGUCUUCUGGAAACUGUGGAAAAUAAUACAGAAGCUGAUAUAAAUUUUCUUAUGAGACAAGCUCUUGAUAAGGUUUCGUUUAUUCCAUUUGGUUAUAUGAUUGACCAAUGGCGUUGGAGUGUGUUUCGUGGAGACACGCCCCCAGAAAAUUACACAUCUGAUUGGGCGGCUUUAAGGUGUAAAUAUCAGGGAAUAUCUCCGCCGGUAGCAAGGUCUAGUGAGGACUUUGACCCAGGAGCUAAAUACCACAUUCCUGGAAAUACACCAUAUAUACGAUAUUUUGUGAGUUAUGUGAUCCAGUUCCAGUUCCAUAAAGCGCUGUGCGAUGCUGCGGGUGAAACAAAGAAGGGUCCACUCUACCAGUGUGAUAUAUACAAUUCAUCCGCCGCUGGCCAAAUGCUCGGGAAGUUGUUACAACAAGGAUCAUCAAAACCUUGGCCGGAUAUAUUUAAGGAAAUUACGGGAUCGCCAAAGAUGAAUGCUACAGCCAUUCUUGAAUACUUCGAUCCACUCAUUAAAUGGUUAGAUGAGCAAAAUAAAGGUGAACAACUCGGGUGGGAAACUGACUGCCCAAAUAUUACAGAGGAUAUAGAAGAACCUACUGCAAAGAAAUGGUUAGAGUAUUACAAUAGAAAAGCAUCUGAUAUGACAUAUAGAUCCGUACUGUCGCAAUGGAACUAUGGCUCAAACAUCACAGACUACAACCAAGCUGCUAUGGUGAACAUGAGCCUGAAGAAGUCGGAUUUCGAUAAAGAGAUGUAUAAGCAAGCUAAUUAUUUUCCUUGGACCACAUUUAGCAAUUCUUCAAUGAAGAGACAGUUCAAGAUGAUCACAAAUAUUGGAACCAACGCUUUAGACGAUAAAGACCAGCUUAAAGAAAUGGCUGAUUUGCAAGCGAAAAUUGAAGGAAUUUAUGGAAAAGCCAAAGUAGAAAUGUCUGACGGAAGAUCUCUAUUACUUGAACCCGGACUGACAGAGAUAUUGACGUCAUCACGCAACUACUCAGAACUGAAGGAGGCGUGGGUAAAGUGGAGGGAAGCUUCUGGUAAACUCAUGAAGACAGAUUAUGCUAAAUUCGUUGAACUGAGUAACAAGGCGGUCAGGCAGUUAAAUUAUUCAGACACGGGUGACUACUGGCGAGCUGUCUAUGAGACUGAAACAUUUGAAACAGACCUUCAGAAUUUGCUAGAGGAAUUGAAACCGUUGUACAAGCUCCUGCAUGGAUAUGUAAGAAAGCAACUGAAAAAAACUUAUGGUGCAGAAAACUUUCCUAGUACCGGUCAUAUACCUGCUCAUUUACUUGGAAAUAUGUGGGGCCAACAAUGGAACAAUAUCUACAACUUAGUAGAACCUUACAAAGGAGUGGAGAAGAUUGAUGUUACACCGGAAAUGCUUAGACAGAACUACACAGUUAUGCGUAUGUUCAAAACAGCGGAGGAGUUUUUCACAUCUCUUGGUUUGUCUCCAAUGCCAGCAGAAUUCUGGAAUGGAACUAUCAUGGUCAAUCCAGAUGGUAUAACCAUGGUUUGCCAUGCUUCUGCUUGGGACUUUUAUAAUCAGAAAGAUUUCAGAAUUAAGAUGUGCACGGAAGUGAACAUGGAAGAGAUGAUUGUAAUACACCACGAAAUGGGCCACAUUCAAUAUUUCCUACAGUACAAAGACCAACCAGUCGUGUUUAGAGGAGGUGCAAAUCCAGGAUUUCACGAAGCAAUAGGUGAUGUAAUGGCAUUAUCAGUUUCUACACCUGGGCAUCUUAGAACUAUCGGUCUUCUCAACGAUAUGAAAAACAGUUAUGAGAGUGAUAUUAACUUUUUGAUGAAAAUGGCUCUGGAAAAAAUUGCAUUCCUGCCGUUUGGGUAUUUGAUCGACCAGUGGCGUUGGAGCGUGUUCAGUGGAAAAACUCCACCAGAGAAAUAUAAUGAAAAAUGGUGGGAUCUCAGAUGUAAAUAUCAAGGUUUCUCUCCACCAGUAGAGAGAACUGAAGAUGAUUUUGAUCCCGGUGCAAAAUACCACAUUCCAGCCAAUGUGCCUUAUAUACGAUAUUUUAUAAGUUAUGUGCUACAGUUCCAUUUCCAUAAAACCCUAUGUGACGCAAAAGGUUAUAGGGGUCCUCUCUAUCUAUGUGAUAUAUACCAGUCUAAUGUUGCUGGUUCCAAGUUUAGACAUUUAUUGCAAAUGGGGUCGUCUAAACCUUGGACAGAGGCAAUGAUGAAUUUUACUGGUACAGAUAAAAUGAGCGUUGCUCCAUUGAUGCAAUAUUUCAAACCGCUUAUUGAUUGGUUGAAAAACCAUGUACCUGACAAAGAUCUUGGUUGGCGCGACGAAUGCACUCACGUGACUGAAGCAGACCAAUUAAAAGACUGGUUACAACAGUUUGAAAAAGAAGCUUCUGAUAAUUACUUUAUGCAGAACGAAGCCGAGUGGGCGUAUAACACAAAUAUAACUGAUGAAACUGCAGAAAAAGUGAGUCAAGUCUCAAUUGGCAUUGCUGAUUAUGAAAAGAGGGUUGCGCAGAAUGUAUCAAUGUAUGACUGGAAGGAGUACAAGGACGACCAGCUUAAACGACGGUUGAGAAAGAUGUCUGACAUUGGAACGAGCGCUCUCAAGAAUGAAGACCAGCUUAGAAAGCUGUCAGAACUGAAGUCAAGUAUGGAAUCCAUUUACAGUACAGGCAAAGUAUGUUUGACUUCCGGUAACUGUGUCGGAUUGGAUCCAGAGUUAGAAGAUAUAAUGGCACACUCGCAGGACUAUGACAAACUGACGAAUGUUUGGAAAGAUUGGAGAGAUGCCACUGGAAGGAAGAUGAAGGACACUUAUGCCGAGUUUGUCAGUCUGAGCAACGCAGCUAUUCGUGAAUUAGGUUAUAACGACACGGGAGCGUACUGGAGAUCAGUGUAUGAUACAGAAACAUUCCAAACUGAUAUAGAAACUUUACUGGAACAGUUGAAACCUCUAUAUCAGAAUUUACAUACAUAUGUAAGACGGAAACUGAUGACAAUUUACGGGCAGGACAAAUUUCCCGACAGCGGACAUAUUCCUGCACAUAUUUUAGGCAAUAUGUGGGCACAAGAAUGGAACAACAUAUACAAAUGGGUCAUCCCAUUUAAAAAAAAACAAAACAUCGAUAUAACACCCGAGCUUGUGAAACAGGGAUACAAUGCUACCCAGCUUUUCCGAACAGCUGAAAGUUUCUUUACCUCCCUUGGACUGGAACCGAUGCGCGAGGAAUUCUGGAACAAGUCGAUGAUUGUGAGACCCAAAGAUCGAGAAGUCGUCUGCCACGCUUCUGCAUGGGAUUUCUUAAAUGGCAAAGAUUUUAGAAUCAAAAUGUGCACGAAAAUUAAUAUGGAGGAUCUGGUGACUAUCCACCAUGAAAUGGGCCAUACCCAGUACCAGAUGCAGUAUAGACACCAGCCUAUACCUUUCAGAGAUGGUGCCAAUCCAGGUUUCCACGAAGCCAUAGGGGAUGUGAUGGCUCUGUCUGCACAAACCCCGGAACAUCUACGUAAAAUAAAACUCCUGCCAGCCGGUAAUGAUGAUGAAGAGUCAGAAAUCAACUUUUUGCUGAUGAUGGCGCUAGACAAGAUAGCGUUUCUACCGUUCGGCUACCUUAUAGAUCAGUGGAGAUGGAGUGUGUUCAGUGGAGAAACACAGCCCGAGAAAUACAACGAAAAAUGGUGGCAACUCAGGUGUAAAUAUCAGGGCGUAUCACCCCCAGUACAGAGAGGCAGCAACGAUUUUGAUCCGGGAGCAAAGUUUCAUAUACCCGGAAAUUAUCCCUACAUCAGGUAUUUUGUUAGCUAUGUGAUACAAUUCCAGUUUCACAAAGCUCUUUGUGAUGCUGCAAACCAUACUGGACUCCUGCACCGAUGUGAUAUAUAUCAGUCCAAAGAAGCUGGCCAAAAAUUGAUGAACAUGCUGAAAAUGGGGUCAUCCAGACCAUGGCCAGAGGCAAUGGAAGUCAUGACAGGGCAGCGCAAGAUGGAUGCCGGUCCUCUCAUGGACUAUUUUCGACCUCUGAUUAACUGGCUAGAGAAACAAAACUACCAGGAGAGACCCGGCUGGUCAGAUGCGUGUCCGGAGACGACACCAAAAGUAGUAGUCACGUGUCCAAACAAAGUAUCGAAAGACGUCAGUGAUAUGGCGUCCACGCUCAGCAGGAAUAAUGUGUUGUUUCUUGUCUUAGCGUUAAUUGUUAUUUCACUUUUUACUUUGUAAACAUUUGUAAGCAUUUGCUCUGUGAAAAUAUGUGCUGUGACAAGCGGAAAUGUGUGAUGAAUUACUUUUCAAGGCGUAUCGUGAAAAAAUUUCAAAGAUAUGCAUUUUGUGGUUGCAAUUUUGGUAUUUACACAGCUGUCAUUCAUUAUACACUAAAUCUGAAUGCACGUUUUAUGUAAAAACAAAUACAGUUUUAAUCAGAAAUAAUUCGAAAUGUCUGGGGUUUUUUAACCAUUGUAAUAUUUUAUACAGAAACCGUGAUAAUAGAAAUAAAUGUGUAACAAAUUUAA